GUUAGUUCGAUCGUAGACUUAAACAAAAUCUUAUUAUUACUACUGUUUUACUUCAUUCGACAAAGUUAACCGAUAGUAAUUAUUUAAUAAAGUGUGCGUUAUCAUAAAAUAUUAUAAUUUUUUUGUCAUUGGCAAAUUAUAUAAUUAUGUCUGGAGAACACGAAGCCAAAAUAAUAUCUGGUACAGAGCUAUCAAAGUUAAUAAAAUGUGCUCUAAGAGAACAGAUUAAUAUUUUAGCUAAACAUUAUGUUGGAUUCAGACCGCAGCUUAUAAUUAUUCAAGUUGGUGGUCGUGAAGAUUCUAAUGUUUACAUUAAAAUGAAAUUGAAAUCUGCUGCAGAAUUUGGGGUAGAUGCCUCACAUGUAGCAUAUCCCAAUACUAUAACUCAAAAUGAAUUAUUGUCCGAAAUAAACAAAUAUAAUGUUGAUCCUAAUAUUCAUGGUAUUAUUGUCCAAAUGCCUUUAGAUUGUAUUGAAAAUAUUGAUUCUCACUUAAUUACCAAUACUGUUUCAGCUGAAAAAGAUGUUGAUGGUUUGAAUAUAAUUAAUGAAGGAAGAGUUGCUAUUGGUGACUUGUCAGGUUUAAUACCUUGUACUCCAAAUGGUGUUAUUGAAUUAAUAAAAAAAAGUGGAAUCGAAAUUGCUGGGAAAAAAGCAGUUGUGCUAGGACGUAGUAAAAUUGUUGGAGCUCCGGUAGCAAAUUUAUUAUUAUGGCAUAAUGCUACUGUUACUAUAUGCCAUUCUAAAACAAAAGAUAUUGAUAAAGAAGUUUCUAAAGCAGAUAUUUUAGUUGUGGCAAUCGGUAAACCAGAAUUUGUUCGAGGUUCUUGGAUAAAACCAGGAGCAAUAGUGAUAGAUUGUGGUAUUAAUUCUAUACCAGAUGCCUCUAAGAAAGCAGGUUAUCGUCUAGUGGGAGAUGUCCAUUACCCAUCAGCUUCCCAUGUUGCAGGAGCAAUAACUCCUGUACCUGGUGGUGUUGGACCUAUGACUGUAGCCAUGUUGUUAUCAAAUACUGUACAAGCUGCUAAAAAGAUCAUUUGUAAAAUAACGAAUAAUCAAUGGAAUUUAAGUGAAAGACCACUUAAAUUAAAACGACCUGUGCCAAGAGACAUCGAUAUUGCUAGAAAUCAAGAACCAAAAGAUAUCACCUUAUUAGCUAAUGAAAUAGGACUAGUUAGUUGUGAGAUAAACCAUUAUGGUAAUAAAAAAGCAAAAAUUGAUUUAUCAGCUCUUGAGCGUUUAAAAGACAGAAUGAAUGGAAAAUAUGUUGUUGUCACUGGUAUAACACCAACAUCUUUGGGUGAAGGAAAAACUACAACACUAAUUGGACUUGUACAAGCUCUAGCAGCACAUUGUAAAAAAAAUUCUAUAGCCUGUCUAAGACAGCCUUCUCAAGGUCCUACAUUUGGAAUUAAAGGUGGUGCCGCCGGAGGUGGAUAUUCUCAAGUAAUACCUAUGGAAGAUUUUAACCUUCACUUAACUGGUGAUAUACAUGCUAUUACUGCAGCAAAUAACUUAUUAGCUGCUCAAAUUGAUACCCGGAUAUUUCAUGAAGCCACUCAAAAAGAUCAAGCUUUAUUUAAUCACCUAGUACCACCUUCUUUAGAAGGAAAAAGAAUAUUUACAAAUAUACAACUAAACAGACUCAAUAGAUUAGGAAUUAAUAAAACUGAUCCAAAUUCAUUAACCCCUGAAGAAAUUAACAAAUUUGUUAGAUUAAAUAUUGAUCCUAAUACUAUAACAUGGAAUAGAGUAAUUGAUACAAAUGAUCGUUUUCUUCGUAAAAUCACUAUUGGUCAAUCACCAACAGAAAAAAACCAUACCAGGCAAACUUGUUUUGAUAUAACUGUUGCUAGUGAGAUAAUGGCUAUUCUAGCAUUAGCUAAGAAUAUGAAUGAUCUUAAAAAUAGGUUAUCAAACAUAGUUGUGGCUCAAGAUAAAGAAGGUGGAAAUGUAACUGCUGAUGAUUUAGGAAUGACUGGUGCAAUGGCUGUUCUUUUAAAAGAUGCUGUCAAUCCAACACUUAUGCAAACGCUUGAAGGAACGCCUGUUAUGGUACAUGCAGGUCCAUUUGCUAAUAUUGCUCAUGGAGCAUCAUCAAUCCUGGCUGACUUGUUAGCUUCAAAAUUAGUAGGUCCUGAAGGCUAUGUUGUGACUGAAGCAGGAUUUGGAUCAGAUAUUGGCAUGGAAAAGUUUUUCAACAUUAAAUGCAGGUACUCAGGCCUUAUUCCAAAUGCUAUAGUUUUAGUAUGUACUGUUCGUGCUUUAAGGAUGCAUGGAGGAGGAGAAAUUAAUCUUGGUCAAUCUGUGACAAACGAAGAAAGAGAAAAAGCAUUGUUGAAAGGAAUAGCUAACUUACAAAAACACAUUAGUAAUGGUAUUAAGUAUGGCAUUCCUAUAGUAGUAGCAAUAAAUGCUAUGAAAACAGAUUCUGAUAAUGAAUGGAAAAUUAUAAAAGAAGCUAGUCUUAAAGCUGGUGCGUUAGAUGCUGUUUUAAGUACCCACUGGGAAAAUGGUGGAUCAGGUGCUAAAAAUUUAGCUGAAACAAUUAUUGAUGCUUGUCAUAAAACACAGAAUUUCAAAUUUUUGUAUGAUUUAAAUAUAUCUUUAAAAUGUAAGAUAGAAAUAAUUGCAGUUGAAAUGUAUGGUGCUAAGACUGUUCAAUUUAAUGCAGAAAUUUUAAAAAAAUUAAACAUAUAUGAAUCAAAGGGUUAUGGUAAUUUACCAAUAUGUAUGGCCAAAACAGCAUUAUCGUUAAGUGGUGAUCCACAAAUUAAAGGUGUUCCUACAGAUUUUACUCUACCAAUAAUGGAUGUUUAUGUGUCAGUUGGAGCUGGUUUUGUUGUUGUAAUUGCUGGAGAUAUAACUAAAAUGCCUGGUUUACCAACUCGUCCUAACAUCUACGAUAUUGAUUUAAAUACUGAAACAGGAGAAAUUGUUGGCUUGUUCUAAAUUACUAUUCUAGUUAACAUUAAUUUAAUCCAAUUAGUAACCAUUAUUAUUUUAUCAAACAUUUUAUACCACAGAUGUUUCUCAUUAAAGUUUAUUAUAUUAUUUUUAAUAUAUAUCUUUAUUUACUCUCAAUUUUUUUUAAUUUAAAAAUAGUUUAUGUUUAAUAUAAUUUUAUGUUUUGUUUUGUACAAAAUUCAAUAUUGUUAUUGCUUCUUAAUAAAAAUAUAAUUGAUGUUCAACUCAUUAUUAUGUGAUAACUAAUUGUAAGUGAUAAAAUUUUGUUAUUAAAAUAAGGAUAUGUUAGGUUGUUGACACAAAUAUUAACAAGCAUCAAGAGCUGAAAGGAUUUAAGUGACAUUUUGGGAAAAAAUUAAUCAAGUUCAAAGCUAUAAAGUAAAAUAGCUUAUUUUAAAAAUUAAAUAUUAUAAGGGAUUUUUAAUAGUAUUUAUCAUUAAAUUCUUAAAACAACUGCAUUGGAAAAAUAGCAUUUCUCAAUCUUUAGAUACAAUUAUUUCAGAAUCAACUCUUCUUUUUCUUAUAUCUUCUCAGUAGUGGCAUAUUUAAAGGGGUCACAGGAAUAUGUGCCUACCUUUUUAACCAUAAUAUAAAAAUGUGGUUUUUUUUUUUACUUAUAUUCA